UAGUGGCAUGACUGAAUCAGAUCCAAGAUCCCAAAAAUCAUGGUGCCCACCUACAUCAUAUAUGCAUGGCAGCAUGCAUGAUUUUUAGGAUCAGGGACUGAUUCAAAUCAUAACUGCCAAUGCAGAAAGCUCAGCAGGAGGAACUUGUCCCUGAUACUUUAUUUUUUGUCAUACCCUUUCAACUUGCUGGCGUGUGGAGCCUGGGAUCCCAGGUUCCACAGGAACUAGUAAGUUAAAAUUUGCAGUUUGGAUGGGGUCCCCCAGCUCAGGAAGUUGCAUAGGGCUGUCUCACACAUGGGUUGAUAGGUUCAGCACAAAGGGAACUGAUGCCUUUCCCUACUAAGAGGUUUAAACCCGUGCACUGGCCUGCACUGCUGAGUUUUAACAUGCCACAUAUACAAACCAGCCACAAAGAUGUUCCGUACUAAUGUGGAACACAUCUUUGCAGCUGGUUUGCCACUUUAUGGCAUGAAUUGCUUGAAUGUGUGGCAUAUUACUAUUUGUAUGGCACGAUUAAGACAUUAAUGUAACAUCUACCUGGGGCCUAAGUUACCUUUUUGUAAAAGGUCUUAUGUUAGCUUUGUAUCUAGCAAGAACUUUAUAUUGUUCUUAUGUUGUGGAAAGAUUAGUUCUUCAAGGAAUACUGGAUCCGUCUCUUAAUCUCAAUUUGGCUACCUCUGGAUAGAAGUCAUUUGGGUAAUCCCUAUAGUACAUAUUUAUCCCCCUGAUAAGAGUGCUGUGGUACUUACUGGCCAUAUAUGUUUAGGAGGCAUUAUUUAUUCCCCAUUUUUAUAUUCUCAACAGAAAUCUGUUAAAUGAAGGAAAACAUGCUUCUGCAUAUAUAGAGCACGCAUAACAAGCAAUAUAUACAUUAACAUGGAAAAGUCAUGGCCGAGUGCUAGUGCUAUAAAAAUAAUGUUGUUUAAACUUAUUAAAUAUUUUUAGUGGUUCUGCUUUUUAGAGCAAAGAAUACCUUGGAAUAGAACUAUUCCACAGUAUGCCCUUGCUGCAAAGAAGGCUAACAGCAUACUGGGCUGCAUUAGUAGGAGUGUUGCCAUCAGAUUGAUGGAAGUGAUUCUUACCCUCUAUUUGGGCCUGGUGGAGGCCACACCUGGAGUGUUGUGGUCAGUCUUGGACCCCACACUACAGAAAGGAUGUAGAAUAUUUCAGUAAUAAGAACGAAAGACUUGUGUGUAUAUAUUGUAAUCCCCUCCCCUUUCUUCCAAAUCGCACAUUAGAAAUUCUGGACACUUGUUAAACAUACACUUGAAAGAAAUCCAAACAUAUUAAAGUAUGUUAAUUCAGUUAGGAUCUCCAAACAAGCUCAACUCUGCCCUGUAAUGACAACAUGCAAAAGUCACACGAUUGUGGCAUAUAGUUGCAUGUAUUCCAAAUACAUUCACUUUGGGAAUACUUAAAGAAGCUGAAUAAUUACGGGGAAAAGACAUAUUAUACACAGAAUACAGAAUUGGGAGAAGUGCAGUGUCUGAAGCUGAAAAAAAGAAGAUGAACCUUGAUUGAUAUCACCAAUGAGCAAUACCACACUGAAGAUAACUACUUUGUUUGGAAUCUAGAUUAAGAGCAAGCACCCAUGAAUGCUCAGUUCAUCAUCUAUGCAGUUUGAUUCUAUCCUGUACCCUGUGGCUCUCCCUGUGCAACUUACCUACAGGAAUCCGUAUUGCAAAAAUGUUAGCAAUGUUCGUAUUUUGCAGCGGUGUAACAGUAUUAAAAUUGAAGUAGAUAUCUUUGUUUUAGCUGUCUUGAAGAGGAACACCUGCUUUAUAAAACUGAAGGCAAAUGAAAGUUUUUAAGUACUGAAGAUUCUGAUGCAUCAUAAAAGAUGUGCUUAAGGAUAACUCUGCUAUUCUUAAAUUAUAUUUCCUGGCACGCAGGAAAGCUUCCUUGUGGAGGACACUAGCACAACUGAUUUUAAAAUGCUAACCAAACAGUUCUCCCACAGCAUCUGAGGAAAUAGAUGGUGUCAGUUGGGGGCCUCAGCUGCCUGUAUUCCAGGGGCAGGCAAUUAUUGUGGGCAGAGGGCCGCUUACUGAGUUUUGGCAAGCCAUCGAGGGCCGCAUGACAGGCAGCCUAGGCCAGAUAAACAUUAAUUUUCUAAAUUUUUUAGGGGUCCCGCGGGCUGGACAGAAUGGCCUGGCAGGCUGCAUCCGGCCCUUGGGCAGCAUUUUGCCCACCCCUGCUGUACACCAAUGCCAGGAGCAUGGGGAACUAGCAGGAGGAGCUAGCCCUCCUGCUCUAUAGCGGGCAAUAUGACCUGGUAGGGAUCACGGAGACCUAGAGGGACUCCUUGCAUGACUGGAGCAUAGCCACAGAGGGCAACACCCUGCACAGAAGGGACAGGGUAGGGAGAAAAGGCGGAGAAGUAGUUCCCUACGUGAGAGAGCAGUACACCUCUCUGGAGGCUGACGUCAGCUCCAGAGAUAAGCAGCUUGAAACCCUCUGGGUCAAGCUAUGGGGGAGGAGGGGGCCGACGUAAAAGAAACCAAACUAAGUACUUACUACAGGCCACCGGACCAAGGGGAGGAGCUGGAUCUGGAAUUCUCUCAAGAACUGACACAGCCCGCGUGUGCAAGGGACUUGGUUGUUAUGGGUGACUUCAAUUACCCAGACAUAGAUUGGGAGGAACACUUGGCUAGGUCAGAUCAUUUACACAGUUUCCUGACUGAUCAAGGAGCUCUUUCUGACCCAGGAAGUGCAAGGGCCAGCCAGAGGUAACGCUCUCCUAGUCCUGGUCUUGACCAAGGGAGAUGAUCUGGUGUGCGGCUUGAACAUUGAGGGUAACCUGGGCGACAGUGACCAUGAAAUUAUCAGGUUCACCAUCUGCUGCAAGGUCAACAAAUCAACCAGCAGGAUUGAAGUCCUGGACUUCAGAAAUGCUGACUUUGAUAGGCACAGAGCAUUAGUAGGGGAGGCGAUGCAGAACCAGGAAGGCAAGGCAAAUGGGGUACACAAAGAGUGGUUGUUGCUCAGGGGUACAAUCCUCAAAGCACAAAAGAAAACUGUUCCUGCAAAGAGGAAAGGCAGCAGAAGUGCUGGCAAGCCCUGGCUUAAUAGGGAUAUUGCAGUCAUCUUAAAAAAGAAAAAGGGUGUACGCACAGUGGAAGCUAGGGAAGGUCCUCAAGGAGGACUAUACAACAGUGGUCAGCACUUGUAGGGAAAUGAUCAGGAGAGCCAAGGCGGUGACGGAGUUUAGGUUAGCUACAGGAGUCAAGGACAAUAACAAGUUCUUUAGGUAUGUAGGCAGUAGAAGGAAAACAAAUGGAAGUGUGGAACCCCUGCUUAACAUCUCAGGAAAGCUGGUAACUGACAUUCAGGACAAAACUGAACUGAAUGCCCACUUUGCUUUGCUAUUUCACCAGACCAUGGGGAAUGUCAAGUGAGAUAAGGCUCAUAGGGGACAUGCCAGGACUGACAACCUCCCCACUGUGCAACACCAACUAGAAAAGCUAGACAUUUCAUAGACAUUAGGGCUGGAAGGGACCUCAGAAGAUCAUGAGUUCAGCCCCCUGCCCCAGGGGCAGGAAGUCAGCUGGGGUCACAGGAUCCCAGCAAGAUAAACAUCCAAUUGACUCCUAAAGGAAUCCAGAGUAGGUGCUUGCACCACCUCUGGUGGCAGUCUGUUCCAGACCAUGGGGGCUUGCCAGUGAAGAAGUUCUUUAUGUCCAGCCUGAAACGGAGAAGUUUGUGACCGUUUGACCUUGUUGUCCCAAUGGGGCGCUCUGGUGAACAUGCGUCCCCCCAAAUCCUGAUGUGCACCCUUUAUAUACUUAUAGGCAGCUAACAGGUCCUCCCUGAGCCUGCGCUUUUCUAGGCUGAAAAGUCCUGUAGCUCUCAGCCUCUCAUCAUAAGGCCUGCUUUCCUGCCUUCUGAUCAUGUGUGUGGCUCUCCUUUGGAUUCUCUCAAGCUUCUCCACAUCCUUUUAAAAUUGUGGAGCCCAGAAUUGGAUACGGUAUUCCAGCUGCGGCCUCACCAAGGCCGAGUACAGCGGGAGGAUGACAUCCUGAGAUUUGCUAGAGAAGCAUCUGUGGAUGCAAGCCAGGGUUUUGCUCACUUUGCCAGCUGCAAGAUCACAUUGGUGGCUCAUAUUGCUGUCUAUGGCAGCAAGAGGGCACAGCAGCCCCCCUGGCUCUCCAGGGACCUAGCAGACCUCCUGAGGCUAAAAAGAAAGGCCUACAAAGGAUGGAGGAUGGGAGUCACCUCCAAGGAGGAUUAUUCUGCACUGGUCCGGUCCUGUAGGAAGCAGACCAGGAAAGCCAAGGCUGCAACUGAACUCCAACUAGCUUUGAGCAUCAAGGACAAUAAAAAGUCCUUUUUCAGAUAUGUGGGGAGCUGGAGGAAAAGCAGGGGCAACAUUGGACCCCUGCUGAACCAGAUGAGGCAACUGACAACUGACGCCCAGGAAAAAGCCAACCUAUUAAAUAGGUACUUUGCGUUGGUCUUUCAUCAGCCCCAUGGGACGCCCGUGCCCGCUACGGGACAGGGAAGUCCAGGUGAGGGUGAUCCCCUGCCCUCCAUUGAUGCUGACUUCGUGAAGGAACAUCUUGAGAAGCUGGAUACCCUCAAGUCAGCCGGCCCUGACAAUCUUCACCCCAGGGUACUUAAGGAGCUGGUGAGCAUCAUAGCCCAGCCUGUAGCGCAGAUCUUUGAAAACUCUUGGCGCUCUGGUGUAGUGCCCGAAGACUGGAAGAAGGCCAAUGUGGUGCCUAUCUUCAAGAAAGGGAGGAAAGUGGAUCCGGCUAACUAUAGGCCAAUUAGCCUGACUUCUAUCCUGGGGAAGAUCUUAGAAAAGUUUAUUAAAGAGGCCAUCCUUAAUGGACUGGCCGGCGCCAACAUCUUAAGGGAUAGCCAGCACAGGUUUGUUGCGGGUAGGUCUUGCUUGACCAAUCUCAUUUCCUUCUACGACCAGGUGACUUAUCACCUGGACAAGGGAGAAGAGAUUGAUGUCAUAUAUCUUGACUUCAAAAAAGCCUUUGACCUGGUUUCCCAUAAUCACCUCUUAGAGAAACUGGCCAAUUGUCGCCUUGGGUCCUCCACGAUCCACUGGCUGGAAAACUGGCUCCGGGGUCGGACCCAGAGGGUAGUAAUUGAUGGAAAUCACUUAUCGUGGUGUCCUGUGACCAGUGGGGUCCCCCAAGGCUCUGUCCUUGGACCCAUACUGUUCAACAUCAUUAAUGAUGUGGACACUGGAGUCAGAAGCGGACUGGCCAAGUUUGCUGAUGACACCAAACUUUGGGGCAAAGCAUCCACACCAGAAGACAGGCGGGUGAUCCAGGCUGACCUGGACAGGCUCAGCAAGUGGGCGGACGAGAAUCUGAUGGUGUUCAACGCCGAUAAAUGCAAGGUUCUCCACCUUGGGAAGAAAAACCCGCAGCAUCCUUAUAGGCUUGGCAGUGCUAUGUUGGCUAGCACUAUGGAAGAAAGAGACUUGGGGGUCAUCAUUGACCACAAGAUGAACAUGAGCCUGCAGUGCGAUGCUGCGGCUAGUAAAGCGACCAAAACGCUGGCUUGCAUCCGUAGAUGCUUCUCAAGCAAAUCCUGGGACGUCAUUCUCCCCCUGUACUCGGCCUUAGUGAGGCCGCAGCUGGAGUACUGCAUCCAGUUUUGGGCUCCACAAUUCAAAAAGGAUGUGGAGAAGCUUGAGAGAGUCCAGAGAAGAGCCACGCGCAUGAUCAGGUCAGGGAAGCAGACGCUACGAUGACAGGCUGAGAGCACUGGGGCUCUUUAGCCUGGAAAAGCGCAGGCUCAGGGGUGAUCUGAUGGCCACCUAUAAGUUUAUCAGGAGUGACCACCAGUAUCUGGGGGAACGUUUGUUCACCAGAGCGCCCCAAGGGAUGACGACUAGGUCGAAUGGUCACAAACUACUUCAAGAUCGUUUCAGGCUGGACAUAAGGAAGAAUUUCUUUACUGUCCGAGCCCCCAAGGUCUGGAACAGCCUGCCACUGGAGGUGGUUCAAGCGCCUACAUUGAACACCUUCAAGAUGAAACUGGAUGCUCAUCUUGCUGGGAUCCUGUGACCCCAGCUGACUUCCUGCCCUUUGGGCAGGGGGCUGGACUCGAUGAUCUUCCGAGGUCCCUUCCAGCCCUAAAGUCCAUGAAAUCUAUGAAUAUUCAUCUUGUCGUCAAUCAUGACCCCCAAGUCCCUUUCAGCCGUGGUGCUAGCAAGCGUAGCACUACUGAGCCUAUAAGUAUACUGCAGGUUUUUCUUCCCAAGGUGGAGUACCUUGCAUGUCAGAGUUGAAGACCAUCAGGUUUUUGUCCGCCCAUUUUCAGAGCCUGUCCAGGUCAGCCUGGCUCACCAUCCUGUCCUCAGGUGUGGACGCUUUUCCCCAAAGUUUGGUGUCAUCGGCGAACUUGGCCAGUCUGCUUCUGACACCAAUGUCUACAUCAUUAAUGAAGAUGUUGAAAAGGAUAGGCCCAAGGAUGGACCGUUAGGGGACCCCACUGGUUAUGGUGCACCACAAUGAUUGACUUCUGUCAACUACCACUCUGGGUCUGACCUUGAAGCCAAUUCCCCAGCCAGCGGACUGUGAUGUAGCUGAGGCCGCAAUUGGCCAGUUUUUCUAUAAGACGAUCGUGGGAUACCAGAUCAAAAGCUUUUUAAAAGUUGAGAUAUAGGACAUCAAUUUCCUCUCCCUUGUGCAGGUGGUAUGUUACCUGGUCGUAGAAGAUGAUGUUGCUGCCGUGCACUGCAGCGGGGGGGUUGGGACCUUAGAAGGCCGUCAGGCGGGUACUUGUGACGCUUGGAGUGGAAUUAGGCACAGAAGCUUAUCGGUUGCAAAGCAAGAUUAUUUACUCACGCCGUCAAGGUGGUGAAUAACGGAGGUCAGAGAUACUUGGUUAGUUACAGCUUAGGGUUCGUAGGUCGGUCUGCAUAAGUGGUCGGAUAGAAAUGGUCAGGCAGAAAUAUGGUCGGGCCGGCAAUCGUUGAUUUACGUCUGAGAUUGGGUCGAGACGGUGGGGGGCACUGACAAGUGAUCAAAUUGCCAGUUACUCUGACACAUAUGUUCAGAGGUCUCCAAGGUGCGUACGGAGGUCCCCCUUCUUUCCCUUUGCGGAAGUGCAGCGGGGUUUUGUUUGUAUAAUAGCCAAUUGCUUUUCACCACAUCAUAAAUUUAAUUAGAAUCGCCAAUUAUAUAGUGGUUUUUAUUAGGGUGUUUGUACCAAUUACAAUGAUUUAUGUAAAGCAAAGGCAAAAGUUUUAUCUCUGUUAGUGGCGCAGCAGUAAAUUUCUUUUUGACAUGCGCAGCAAAAAAACCCCUAUCAUCUUGUUAGUUAACCCUUAGUUAACCUAGUGCAGACUAAAACUUUUGAUUAAUAUUUCUUGCUUGUGGCAUGGGCACUACUUAAUUUGGUUGUGACAGAUGAGAGUGGUCAGGCAAGACGUACCCGCAACAAACCCGUGCUGGCUAUCCCUCAAGAAGUUGCCUUCAGCCAGUUUAUCAAGAAUGGUCUCUCUGAUGAUUUUCUCCAAGAUCUUCCAUGGGAUGGAGGUCAGGUUGAUGGGCCUGUUGUUCCCCGGAUCUACUUUCCUCCCUUAAAGAUAGGCAUGACAUUGGCCUUCUUCCAAUCCUCGGGCACUUCACCUGAGCACCAUGAGUUCUCAAAGAUCCAUGCCAGUGGCCGAGCUAUGAUGCUUGCCAGCUCCUUGAGUACCCUGGGGGGUAAGCUGUCUGGGCCAGCUGACUUGAAGGUGUCCAGCCUCUCAAGGUGUUCCUUCAUAUGGUCAACACUGAUGGAGGGUAACAGUUCUCCCUCACCUUGGCUCAAUAUUGUAUUGAGCAGGGCUGUCCCUUGGGGCUGGUGAAAAACAGAUGCAAAAUACCCAUUGAGCAGGUUGGCUUUUUCCUGGGUGUCAGUUGUCAGUUGACCCAUGGUUUAGCAGGGGUCCAAUGUUACCCUUGCUUUUCCUCCAGCUCCCCACAUAUCUAGAAAAGGACUUGUUAUUGUCCUUGAUAUGUGUAACCAGUUGGAGUUCAGUCAUAGCCUUGGCUUUCCUGGUUCACCCGCUACUGGUCCAGACCAGUGCAGAGUACUCCUUCUUUGGGGUGGAUCCAGCCUUCCAUCCUUUGUAGGCCUUUCUUUUUAGUUGCAGGAGGUCCACUAGUUCCCUGCAGAGCCAAGGGGGCUGCUGAGCCCUUUUGCUGCCUUUCCUCCAAGACGGGAUAUUGUGCUUUCAGGAUCGCUCCCUUGAGGAGCAACCACUCAUCCUGAACUCCCCUCCCCUUUGGGUCACGGUCCCUUAGGGCCUCACCAACAAGUCUCCUGAGCAUGUCAAAGUCAGCUUUCCUCAAGUCAAGGACUUCUGCUUUGCUGACUGACUUGCCUGCUUUACGGCAGAUGGUAAAAGUGAUCAGCUCAUGGUUGCUGUCUCCCAGUUUCCCUUUGAUCAUUAUGUCACUGAUUAAGUCAUCCCCCCUUGCCAGUACCAGGUUGAGCAGCGCUUUGCCUCUCGUCAGUCCACAGACUUCUUGAGUCAGAUACAGCUCAUCCACACAUGAGGAAGCUUUGUGAUUGUUCGGAUGUGGCUGAGCGCUCUUUCCAUGAGAUGUCAGGGUAGUUGAAAUCUCCCAUGACAACCAUGCACUGGGAGUGUGUAGCCUCAGCCAGUUCCCUGGCAAAUUCCUGGUUAAGCUCUUGAGUCUAGCUAGGAGGUCUGUAGUAGAUCCCCACCACUGUGUCCCCUGUGCCUUGUUCGCCAUGGAUUUUGACCCAGAGAGUCUCCAAUCGCCCCCCCUGGAUGCCAAUGUCAGCUUCCAGUCAUAGGUGGAGUCCCACCAGGUCUCUGUUAUCCCUAUGAGAUCAUAAUCCUUUUGGUUUAGCAGGAGGACCAGUUCCUCCUGUUUGUUCCCCAGGCUCCUGGCAUUAGUGUACAGGCACUUAAGUGUCCCAUUGGGUGGCAUUGCCAUCCCUACAGAUCGCUCUGGGGCUGGGGUAGGGGUGGGUUCCCUUGAGUGGCUUAGCAUGCUGGGUUUACAAACACUGCCUAGUGGGCUUGCAGUGGUGGUACUCCCCCCAUCUCCCACUGGGCUUAGUUUAAAGUCCGGUUGAGCAGGUCAGCCAGUCUGGCUGAGAAGAGCCUCUUUUCUAGUGGAGCGACGUGGAGGCCAUCUCUUCCCAGCAGCCCACUGCCUCCCUCACCAAAGAGUGGGCUGUGAUCAUGGAAGCCAAAGCCUUCACGAUGACACUAGCAUUGCAGUUUCUGGUUGACUGCCUUGAACCGUCUCUUCCUCCUCAGCCCGUGACCCACAACUGGGAGGAGCGAGGAAAAGACCACCUGUGCCCCCAAACCCCCUGUCCCAGAGCCCUGUAGUCCCUCAUGACAUGGCUGGGGUUGCUCUGAGCUGUGUCUUCGUGCCCACAUGGACAAGGAGCAUAAAGUAGUGGUUGGAGGGCCGGAGAAUCUUUGGGAUCCUCUCGGCUAUGUCUUAGAUGUGGGCCCUUGGGAAGUAGCAGACCUCCCAGGCUAGGGGGUCUGGGUGGCAGACUGCCCCCAGUCCCCCGUCAGGAGGGAGUCUCCCAUGAUGAGCACUCUGUGUUGUGUCUUGGAGAGAGUAGGGGUGGGUGAUCCUCCCUUGCCUGCCAGAGCUGGCAGAUCUGCCAGCUCUACUGGGGCUGCAAGAGGUUUGUACCUGUUGCAAAGCCCCAGAGGGAAGGAGACCUUGGUGUGGUGGGCCUUGGGGCCCUUGACCACCUUGGUCCAACCCUCUGGCUGGACAGCAUGGGAGAUCCCCGAGUCCUCCCUUGCUCUGGAGGGUGACCUUGGUCUACCCUCUGCCUCUAGGGGAUGAAGGGCCUGGCAGUAGGAGAUCUCCUGCUUGCCAUCCUUGAUGGCACGCAGUCUCUGGACUGCAACCUAGAGCUCCACUAUCUGGUGCCCCAGGGACUCCAAAGUGGAGCAAACCUUGCAAGGGGAGGUGGCCAUGCUCCUGGUGCCAUGAGCCUGGAAACAUGCCAGGCAGCCCACACAGCCGAGAGCCAGGGGUUUCGUCUGCGUGGAGCCUAGAAUCAUGGGUUCCAUCUGGGUGGAGGCCUCUGAGGUGACAGGUGGGGCUGCAGACUCCAAGGGGACCCUCAGCAUACAGCAUGUGCCCAGCAACAUUUUACCAGUGGUAGUCUGGCUACUACUGUGACUGCCUACCCGAGGGGCUCACAGGAGGGGCCUCAGACCCUCCUGCACAAACUCCUGUGCUAACUCGCAUGCCAGGCAGACAAGAGUGCCUGUUUGCGCGGCCUGUUUGUGAGGCUCUGGUCACGUGGCUCCCUGGGGGCUGGGCAAAGUAGGAGAUGGGGGGGCUGUCCCUCCUUGGCUCAGACUCAAGCUGCCCCACAGCUGUCUGGGUUGGGGGCCCCCACCUACCUCUGGCUGCGCUGGGGGUCCAGGUUGGGGUCCUGCUGGGCGGGUCAUGGGGGUCCCUGGGCUUGAUGGGGGCUCAACAGGCUUCUGCUUGUGCAUCUCAUGCUGGAGCCAGGGACAAACUGCAGCUAUGCUGUCAGUGGGCCCUUUUUAAACUGAGCGCAUGCAUAGAAGGGCUCGCCAGUGCCAUGCCACUUUAGGGGCUGGGAGGUCCUUGCCCCUCAGAAGAAGGGGACAGGUGAGUGUCCCCCCUUCCCCUAUCUCACAUGCCAGGCACACGGCUCCGGGGGGCUCCUAUAAGUCAAUAGAACUGGAGCGCUGAAGGAGAUGGCUGAGGUCAUCAUGGAACCCCUGGCAAAGCUUUUAGAAUUCAUGGUGCACGGGAAAUCCCUGAGGAUUGGAGGAGGGCCAACAUUAUGCCCACCUUCAAGAAGGGAAAGAGGGAGGACCUAGGCAACUAUAGGCCAAUCAGCCUAACCUCCAUCCCAGGAAAAAUCCUGGAAAAGCUCAUUAAAGAAUCUAUGUGCAAUAUUCUCACAGAAGGUACGAUUCUGAACGACAGCCAGCAUAGCUUUGUCGUGGGUAGGUUCUGUUUUUCCAAUCUCAUCUCCUAUGACCAGGUCCCUCGUCACCUGGACACAGGAGACGUGAUAGAUGUUAUAUACCUAGACUCCCAAAAGGCUUUUGAUCUAAUAUCCCACAAUAUCCUUGUGGGAAAACUGGAAGAUUGUGGGCUCAGCUGCUCAACAGUUUAGUGGGUGGGAUACCGGCUACAGGGCAAGACCCAGAGAGUUCUCAUGAACAGAUCUGUGUCAUCCUGGCAUGAAGUGGCCAGUGGUGUCCUUCAGGGGUCCAUGCUUGGACCAGUGCUUUUCAACAUCUUUAUCAAUAAUUUGGAUGGGGGAGUGAAAAGCUCGCUGGCCAAGUUUGCAGAUGACACCACGUUAUGGAUAGUGUGGUUAUGCUACAGGUAGGUUGCAGGUACAGGCUGACCUGGAUAGGCUUGAGAGCUGGGCAGACAAGAACCAGAUGACGUUUAACACUUCGAAGUGUAAGGUGCUCUAUCUGGGGGCAAACAACCCUCAACACACGCAUAGGCUCAGUGGCAACAGCUUGACUGGCACCAUGGCUGAAAGGGACCUAGGGGUAAUGAUUGACCAUCACAUGAAUAUGAGCCGUCAGUGCGAGGUGGUGGUCAGCAGGACAGACGACAACCUGGCAUGCAUCAACAGAUGCAUCUCACGUAAAACUAAGAAAGUGAUACUCCCGCUGUACUUAGCACUGGUGAGACCACAGUUGGAGUACUGCAUCCAGUUCUGGGCUCUGCACUUCAAUAAGGACAUGAAAAAACUUGAGAGGGUCCAGAAAAGAGCCACCCAUAAGACUGAUCAGGGACUUGCAAGGCAAGCCAUACAAGGAAAGGCUGAGGGACCUGGGCCUCUUUAGCCUAAAGAAGAGAAGGUUGAGAAGGGACUUGAGUGCAGCUUACUGCUAUAUCAGAGGAGUGCAUCAGGAGCUCGGUGAACAACUGUUCGCUAGGACACCUCCAGGGAAUACCAGGACAAAUGGAUACAAACUCCUGGAAGGCCGCUUCAGGUUUAAUACCAGGAAAAACUCCUUCACAGUCAGGGUGUCCAGACUGUGGAAUAAACUCCCUCCAGAGGUGGUGCAGUCACCAACCCUGGAGGUUUUCAAGAGGAGACAGAUGAGACAGUCACCUUGCUGGGGUCACCUAACCUCAGCUGUCUUCCUGCCUAGAGCUGGGGGGCUAUACGCAAUGAUCUGCAAGGUCCCUUCCAGCCCCUAGCAAUCUGUGAAUAUUAAUGAAUGUAGUUGAACUUUAAUUUCUGGAUGCUGGGAUACAAUGAACAGCUACAGCCUUCAGAUUAUUGCACCUGUUCAGAUAAAAUUUAAACAAAUGUGGGGAGCUUCAUUUGAUAGUUUAAUGUUUUUACUUAGCAAAUAAUGGUGUUACAGCAUUACAAAUUGUACUGGUGCAUAACUAUACUCCUUUAUUCUCUUAAAAAAUGAAAUACCAAUUAGCAAAGGUGAUCUUGGCUGUAUUGAAAUGAGACCAGUAUUUCACCAAGCAUACAAAGUUGACUUAUAAUAAGGCUCAGAAAAAACAGAAAGAGUAGAUCCUUAUUGAAAAUAUACUGGCUUCAUAGAAUUUGUGUUGUUUUUUCAGUUUGUUUCAUUUCCAUCUACUCAGUAUAAUACUCUUGAUGAAGUUUUAGUUAAGACAGGGGUUUUCAACCUUUUUUAAUAAAUGUACCCGUGGCAGCUGGGGGGAGGGGGUGGCAGCUGUGUGCAAGCUUCCCCUACAAGCCCCCACGACUGGCCAGCCCACAGAGGGGUGCUGCUGCCUUUGCCCUUAUAUGCCCUCCUCUGGCCUUGCUCCUAGGAGGCGGCAGCAUGGGGUGGAGGGUGGUAGCGUUCUGUCCCCAUCUGCAUGUACCCCCUAGGGCAGAGGUGGAUAAAAUAUGGCCCAUGGGCCACAUCCAGCCCACCAGGCCAUUCUAUCUGGCCCACAGGGCCUCUAAAAAAUUUAGAAAAUUAAUAUUUAUCUGACCCCGGAUGCCUGUCAAAGCUGAGAUGAAACAGGGGUAGUAGGACCCAGGGGAAGCCUCAGCAGGACUGAACAGCCAUGUGGUGCUGAAGCACCACAUGGCUCCCAGUUGCAUCCCCAGACUGGGGAGCAUGGGGACAUGCCGGUAGGGGUGUGUGUGGACAGGCAGGGAUGGGGGGUGGGACAGAGCUGGCGUGUGAGUGUGUGUGUGUGUGUUGGGCAGGCAGGGAAAGUGUGUGUGUGUGGGGGCAAGCAGGGACAGUGCGUGCGUGUGCAUGUAUGUAGGCAGGGGCAGUGUGUGUUUGUAGGUGGGUGGGGGCAGGCAGGGACAGUGCGUGUGUGUAUGCAGGCAAGGACAUUGUGUGCACAGGCAGGCAGGGACAGUGUGUGUGUGUGUUCAUGAGUCCCACACACACCCCCAUCAUACAUAUGUACCCACACCCCCUUGCAAUGCCAUACAUGCAGACCCCUCAUCCCCUCACCCCAGGCACCAAUUCCCCCACAAACCCCGUACCCACCCACACCCCACAUAUUCACACAUACACCCACAUGCUGUCUCACCCCACAUACCCAAAGCCUCCCACAAUAUACAAGAGUAAGACUUCAUUUUAAGCUAUUGUGCAAUCACCUCUAUAUACACUACACAAAUGCAUAUAAAUCAGGACAAUGACUUUUUAAAAAUCAAAUUAAUGAGUGCUGUAGAUGUUUGCUUUUUAGAAUAUAAUUUAUUUUUCUGGUUCUGAGAUGGCAAAGCCCCUUGCUGAAAGGAGUACUUCCAGAGGCAAAGGGAGGGAAUUCUGGUGUCAAAGGUCAGGAGUUAGGGGGCGGGACUUAAGGUCACAAGAUGGCAACCAGGGGGCGGUGCAUGUCAAGGGGCGAGGCUACCAAUGCGGCCCUCGACAGCUUGCCAAAACUUGGUAUGCAACCCUCCACCCAAAAUAAUUGCCCACCCCUGCCCUAGGGCCUUCCCGCGUACCCCCAGUUGACAACCCCUUAGUUAGGAGAUGGAUUUAAUUGGUAAGGCAUAUAAAAGAGUAAGACCUAUUUCUACCUUAUGUGUACAAAGCUGACUUUUUAAUAUCCAAAUGAAAAAAAAAAAAAUCUUUUAGUGAUGUGAAAUCUGCUGACCUUCAAUUUUUUAUUCUUCAAAGUUGCUUUUCAAGGCUUUGUUAACUUCAUACUUGUGAAAAGGAUUUUCUUUAACAAAAUCAGACUCAUUUCACCAAGUUAGGAAGUGCUCUAUUUGAUGAGUUGCUUAAACAACUCAUUAACCACUCCACCCCUAAUGAAAAAGUGACAGCCCCUGACAAAAAUGUUUAAUGAAAAUGAAAAACUUUUAAAUUAAGAAAAACAUUGAUGUUAAUUUUAAAUACAAAAUAUUUUUGUUAAAGACACUACAAAUAAAGCAAUCUUCAAACCAUUUUAAA